AUGAUUACUGGUGGCUGCUAUAGAAUGCAGAACCUUGCAGUGCUCUAUUGCACCUUAUGCAUCAUAUUUGUUUCCACUCUACCUUUGGCAUCAUCAGCCAAGCUCAAAGUAGGCUUCUAUAAAUCAACAUGUCCAUCGGCAGAAAAAAUUGUGAGAAAUGUCGUAAACAAAGCCGUGUCCCACAACCCUGGAAUAGCUGCUGGUCUGAUUAGAUUGCACUUUCAUGACUGCUUUGUUAGGGGUUGUGAUGCUUCCGUGCUGCUGGAAUCCACACCGGCAAACACCGCAGUCGAGAGAAACAAUCCUAUUAACAAUCCAAGCUUACGUGGCUUCGAGGUGAUUGACGAGGUCAAAGCAAAGCUAGAGGCUGCAUGUCCACAAACUGUGUCAUGUGCCGACAUUCUUGCUUUCGCUGCUCGCGACAGUUCCAACAAAGUUGGUGGUAUAAACUACGCCGUUCCAGCUGGACGACGAGAUGGCCGGGUCUCUGUUAGCGAUGAAGCAAGAAAUAAUCUCCCUCCAUCUUUUUUCAGUGCGGAGCAACUGGCUGUAUUGUUUGCACGAAAAGGGUUAUCGGUUGAUGAGAUGGUAACACUCUCAGGAGCUCACUCCAUUGGUGUCUCACAUUGCUCUGCAUUCUCAAACCGUCUCUACUCUUUCAAUAAAACUCAUGCCCAAGAUCCAGCUAUGGAUCCUAGUUUUGCAGCUUUCCUGAAAACCAAGUGUCCACCACCAACAAAUGUGCCAAGAAACCCAAUAUUGGCACUCGAAUCUGUGACGCCAAGUGUUUUGGACAACAAUUACUACAAGGAGUUGACAAAUCAUCGUGGGUUAUUGAGUUCGGAUCAGACAUUGAUGGACAGCCCCUUAACCUCAAAGAUUGUAUUGAAAUAUGCAAACAAUGGAGCAAAGUGGAGCGCCAAGUAUGCCAAAGCAAUGGUGCACAUGGGUUCCCUUGAUGUGCUUACAGGCACACAGGGUGAGAUCAGGAGAUGUUGCAGUGUUGUCAAUUAAGUCUUUUCCCCUAAAUUAUUGCAGAAAAUCGUUUGCACAAUUCUUUAACAAUUUUAUCUGACAAUUAUUCUGUGUGUGUGAGAUUUCCAAAUGUAAUGUACGCGUAAGAUGUUGUGUCCUGAUUACAAUAUAUCACAAAGUGCUAAGAUUGCUUUA